AGUGCAUGUUAACAAUCUAACUCAAACCAGUGGCGGUAACCACAAUUAAUUAGACAUAAUAACUAAACAUAGUUAGACUGGCUUUACUCUCUCACACACUACCUACCUUUACCCUUUCAAGACUGGCACAGUAGAUCACAGCACAGUUAGUUAUCUAUCUUCUUCUAGAGUAGUUGAGAAUUGGAACCAACUUCAUUUCUGUUGCAGCUGAAACUGAGAAAAAAAGUUUGUUACUAUGCCAGGCCCUGGUCCUCACCUGAUCUAUGCCAUGGGCUCGGGCCUUGGUCUAACCGCCAUCUCUAACGGCAGAUUUAGUCCACACCACACGCUCACAUACACCAUCAACUCCUUCUUUGGACCUGAUAUUGGUUCCUUCUCCGAGUGGCUUGGCUCUCUUCUUGGCGGUCCAGCUGAUUCCGUAGCCUCGGCAGUGGCCGAUCUCAUCCACCAUCCCUUCUAUUACAUCCUUAUCUUGGGAUUUCCUCUUUGCUUUCUUUACUCUAAGAUUUCCUCUUUUCUUGUUCAUUCACACCUUCUUGAAUCUUCACUACCCAAGGUGCCUCUUACAAAGAUGCAGUGUUUUUUCUUGAUUUCUGCGGGAUCUUUUACUCAUUUCUUUCUAGAUCAUCUAUUCGAGGAGAAUGGGAAAACAACCAUGUACACUUGGAUUUUGAGCACUGGUUGGUGGAAAACUAGAGCACCCGUUAACCCGGAUGCUGUUGUUGUAGUGAGCUCCUUAUGUGUUUGCUUAAUUGGUGGAUUCUUCUACCUAAACAGAGCAAGUUCCUCAAACUCAUUAAAGAAAAAAUCAUAUCAGUCAAUACUACUUGUGAUAUUCAUAGCUUCUUUAUACUGUAUAUGGUGUAUAACUCAGAUAUAUUGGAUCAGUCCCCGUCGUCCAGCGGUUGGAGAAGAAGCUGAUCUUGGUGUUCUUGUGUUCUUAGCUAUAUAUUUCUUUCUACCUUAUGGUUUGUGUAUAAUGUCCAUGUACCAAAAAAAUCUUGAUUCUAAUCAAAUUCCACUCUAAUAGUACGUUUACCUCCUGA